AAUAGUCUUUACUAUGUAGACUAGUAGAUUUAAUGUGGUUCUAUUCUUCUUUGGGACCAUGAGCUUCGAGCUCUAUGCUGUUGUAUUAUCAGUUUGGGUAUUCUAUCUAUACUUAUUGCCAAUUAGGCUUUGGUCUAAAGUUGCUGUCAUGUUUGAUAUAGUCGCGUGAAGUUUGAUUAAUAGAUUUCAAAUGGAAUUUGAGAUAGUUGGUAGUAUUCAAACUUGGUUAUGGUCAGGCACCAAAAUCCAGGACAUAAAGCAUGCUGUGAACUAACAUGUCUAAGUGCUACUUGUGUCUCUUGUUGCUAAGAGUGAAUUCUUUGAGUACCUAUUCAUUUAAUGCCCUUACAUUAAUGCUCCUAGCAGAUCAUAUCUAUUAAGUAUAUAAAUAUAAAGAGUGGUCACUUUUCUAGCAGAUCAAGCUUUUGAAUCAUAAGUAUUUAGCCAAUCAAUUUUAGUGUGGUAUUUUAAUAGGAGGUACUUCGAGAAUCUUCAAAUAUGUUUGUGACAAUAAUAUUAUCUCAUUGAAUUCAUUGGGUUUGGGUUAUUGUAUCUGACCCCAAAGAGUUGGGACAAAUAUAGGUUGUUGAUGUUGACAACAAUGAUGAUAACAUCUUAUUUUGAUAUUGCAAAAAAUUAUUGUUGGUCAAUUGUAUGAUCUUACAUUUAUGCUCCUAUCCUGUGAACCUCUCAUUGUAUUUGAGAUCUCGUUCUUGACAAGCUUGGGAGUAAGCAAUAUAUCAAUGCUUGGAACUAUAAAUAUUGUUUAAGCUGAAUAAACUCAAAAGAAACAUUCUUCUUGGUUGUUCAUUCCAUCUCAAAUUCCUUCAAUUUUUCUAUCCCCUAAAUGAUGUCGAGCCCUGCUGCUGGAAGAACUGUGGACAUGCAGGGAAGAGACUUAAACAGGGGUGACAACAACAGAGUCCCUUCACUCAAUGCCCUAGCAUUGCCUGGUUCACAGGACAAGAAUGAAAACACAGGAGCUCUUGUGAAAUCAAGUAAUGAGAUAAGAAAGACAGCACCUGCUGGAGAUUAUCUUAUUGCUGCACUUGCUGAUUUUGAUCCGGACCAGUUUGAGAGCUUUGCUGCAAUAUCUGAUGGUGCUAAUAAACUUUUGAUGCUGGUUUUGGCUGUAGUCAUCAAAGCAGUUGCUGCUAGGGAACACGAAAUACUUGCUGAGAUCAGAGAUGCUGUUUUUUCAUUUAUUCGUAAAAUGGAACCAAAGAAGGUUAUGGAUACUAUGCUAGUUUCAUGUGUCAGAAUAUUAUACAUAAGAUCUCUGCUUGCUCGAUCACCUGAGCUGCAAUCGAUCAAGGUUUCUUCAGUAGAACGGUUCCUUGAAAAAGCUAAUGAUGGCCAUAGCAGAAGCUCUAGCCGUGGUAGUAGUCCUAGUAGAUCUCUGGUUCACUAUGAUUCAGUCCAUGGUUUUAAGGUGAACAUAAAACCAGAAAAAAAGUCUAAAUUGUCAUCCAUAGUCUUAAAGCUUCGAGGGAUUGAUCAGGAGACGUGGAGGCAUCAUGUUACUGGAGGAAAGCUCCGAGAAAUAACUGAGGAGGCUAAAGCUUUUGCAAUUGGAAAUAAGGCACUUGCUGCACUCUUUGUUCAUACACCAGCUGGUGAGUUGCAGCGCCAAAUUCGGUCAUGGCUUGUAGAGAAUUAUGAUUUCCUCUCUGUCGUGGGUGCUGAUUCUAUCAGUGGAAAUUCUACUAGCCAGCUAGAACUUCUGUCAACUGCCAUUAUGGAUGGAUGGAUGGCUGGUCUUGGUAUUGCACGGUUUCCGAGUACUGAUGCUUUGGGCCAACUUUUGUCUAAGUACACCAAGCGAGUUUAUUCGUCACAAUUGCAACAUUUAAAGAUUAUAAUUGGUCUGCUUCAGUCCAAGCUGGUGGGUGGGGGUGAGUUGAAUGAAUGAUUAGGUGGUUGGAUUGAUUGACCCGUCAAGACAUGGUGAGCCAGAUGAUUCUGAAAAUGCAUAUUAUUUUGGUGCUCGUGAAGUUGUUGAGACAAUACAAGAAAGAGAUGAUCCCCAUGAUGAUGAAAUACGAACAUUACAAACACAAGCAUGAAGGUUCUUGUAAAACCUAAGCCACAUUAAUUUUAAGAAAACUGAAAUAAGAACUCGUACAUAGGAAAUAUAAGAAUAUGAGCAUAGAUCUAGUUUCAUCAAUUAAACAUGGUAUAAGAAAGUAAAUAUAUAAACAUAAUGACAAAGAACCUGAUUGCAGACUAUGUCUUUAUCUUUAGCGUUAUCCAGAAGAUCUUGAGAAAGAAGAAGCGGAAGCAAACGGGAAGGAUCUUCCAAGGGGCUUAGGGGAUGAUGACACCGUAAAGUUUUUUGUCACUAGAGAACAAGAAACUAAGUUAAGAUGAUUUCCUAAACCCUUGGGGACCAAUCCUAUAUAUAGUGGACAUCUAUUAUCAACUUAUAGAUAAUAAUAGAUACGAGAUUAUAAGUCCAUAUAUAUAAUGAACAUUUAUUAUCAGUAUAUAGAUGAUAAUAGAUGCGGGACUAGUUUCUACACAUACAAGGUCUACAUUCAAUAAUCGAACUCAAUAAGUCUAAGUUAGAUCACUUUAAUGAGUUCGAUUUGUACUCAUAUGCACAACUUACAAUUAAAUCCACCAAUUAGAGAUAAUAAUCAACAAUCUCUCACUUGGGUUAGUUGUGAGUUGUACAUGAAAUAUAAGUAAAACUUUAGUUAAUAUCAAACUUUAUGGGUACAUAAUAUCCUUGUAAACAAUCUGGUUCAUUAAUUUCAUUGGUAUAGGAUUAAAGAGGUCAUAACUACUAUAUAUGAUCGUAACAAGUCUCAACAGUAAUUACAAUAUCAAUAUCAUUAAUGACAUAGAUUAAGAUGUAGAUGUGUAGAGUGAAAAUUACAUGAAAUAUGAUCAGUACAUGUCAAUUUUCAAUUGGUCUUAAGAUGAUCUCAAAAGAGGUCAGAUCAUAUUUGCAAAAUACUUUAUGCUAAACUGUAAUAGCAAAUUAUGAUCCAAACUGUAUGAUUCCAAAAGAAAUUUAUAUUAUAUUUACAAACACUAAAUGCUAAACAGCAACAGUAAAUAAUGAUAUCAUAGUCAGAGUGUUAAACAGAGAUAUAAAUUUUUAUUAAUAUUUUGAACUUUAAGUACGUACAAUAAUCAAAGCAAAUAUUUGUCUUUAUUAAUCAAUAUAUAGAGCAAUAAAAUAAAUACAGAUGAGUUCUUUUUCCAUAAGAAUGACUCCUAUAUCCACAACAUGCGCAUGAAACACCUUAGGCAUCAAGCCUUUGGUGAGUGGACCGACCAACAUGGAAUCUGUGUUGAUGUGCUCUACCAUGAUUUGACAACUCUGAACUCUUUCUUUAACCACUAGAAACUUGAUGUCGAUGUGCUUAGACUUCGACAAACUAUGUUUGUUCUUGACAUAAAGUUUUGUGGCUUUAUUAUCACAGUGGAUCUUUAGUGGUCUGCCAAUGCCAUUAACGAUCUACAAUGCUGUGAUAAAGUUCCGCAGUCAAAUCUCGUGAUUGGAUACUUCAUAGCAUGCUACCAACUCUUCCUCCAUAGUAGAAGUGGCUACUAGCGUCUGUUUGGCACUCUUCCAAGAUAUAACUCUUCCAGCAAGCAUGAAAAUAUAGCCCAAAGUGGACCUCCUACUAUCCAAGCAUCCAGCAAAAUCGGAGUCUGAAUAUCGAAUCACCUACAGGUAAUCUGAUCUCCGAUACGUGAGCAUAUGUCCUUUAGUUCUUUGUAAAUAUCACAUCACUCUCUUAAUCGCUUUCCAGUGCAAUGGUCCUGAGUUACUUAUUUGCCUAACAUCCCAACUAUAAACGUUACAUACCUUUUUUUUUUCAAGUUCAAGCUGUGGACACUGCGUACAAUUCUGCAUGUCAUACCUUAUAAGCACCUUUUCAAUAUAGGUAUGUUGCGAAAAUCCAAGAAUGCCUCUUGAGUGGUCACGACAGAUCUGUAUGCAUAAGACAAAUGAUGCUUCAUCAAAAUCUUUCAUUUCAAAAUUGCCAGAUAGAAUUGACUUGGUUUCAUAUAGCAGACCUUUAUUAUUGCUCGCAAGAAACAUAUCGUUUACGUAUAGAACAAGUAUAACAAACUUGCUCCCACUGAACUUGACAUGUAUGCACUGAUCAAUGGGGUUCUUCUUAAAUCCAAAUGAGAUAACCACUUGAUCAAAUUUUCAGUAUCACUGACGAGACACCUGUUUUAAACCAUAAAUGGUUUUUUUUUUAAUUUACAUACUAGGUGCUUUGAGUCCUCAGACUCAAAGUUCUCUGGUUGCACCAUAUAUAUAGACUCCUUUAUGUCUCCAUUGAAGAAUGCAAUCUUUACGUCCAUUUGAUGUAGCUUCAACUCAUAUUGAGCUACAAGUGUCAUGAUUAUCCUAAGGGAGUUUUUCGUCGACCAUUUGAUGUAGCUUCAAAUCAUAAUGAGCUACAAGUGCCAUGAUUAUCCUAAGGGAGUUUUUCGUCGACACAUGUGAGAAAGUCUCCUUGUAAUCAAUGUUUUCUUUCUAAGUGAAUCCCUUGGCAACAAGACAGACCUUAUACUUUUUGACAUUACCCUUUGAAUUUUGUUUGGUUUUAAAUAUCCAUUUAUAACCAAUGAGCUUCUUUUCUUCAGGCAAUUCGAUAAGUUUUCAAACGUCAUUGUCUGCCAUAGACUUCAACUCUUCUUGCAUGUCGUUAAUCCACCUUUCAGUGUUAGAGCAUUGUUUGAUUUCUUGGAAAGAUGUAGGAUCACUUUCCAACCCUAUGUCAAAAUCAUACUCUUGGAGAUAAACAUAAUCACGAGAAUUCGUGGUUCUCCGUUUCCUUGUGAAUCACCUUCAAUGCACUUGUGUUUAAGGUGGUUGAGGUACUUGCUUAUCAAUAUGUGACAAUACCUCAAUUUCAGUGGAAGACUCCUCCAAUUGCAUUGAAGAUGUCAUGAGAAUAUCUUAGUUCACUACACUCACUCGAUGUGCGAUGCUUAUAAUGUGUGGUAUGGUAACCACAUUGCUACUAAUCACACUAGUAGUGACCAUAGAAGGAUUGCCAAUGUAUUCCUCAAAAGAUACUUUCUUGACCUUUUCACUCCCGCUACCCUGAAUGAAUUUAGCGUUUCCUGUUUCGAAGAAGGAUCUAUUAAAGGGAUCAUAAAAUUUGCAAGCGUUUUCUCCUCUACAUCAACGCUGAAUUAUCCACAGCAAUGCCAACAUCUUCUCUUUCACUCGCGCUGCCCUCAAUGAAUUUAGCGUUUCCUGUUUCGAAGAAGGAUCUCUUAAAGGGAUCAUAAAAUUUGCCAACGUUUUCUCCUCUACAUCAACGCUGAAUUAUCCACAACAAUGCCAACAUCUUCUCCUUUGCAGUGACGUUACGUUGUCUUUUCCUCUGCAGCGAUAGCGCCCCUAUCUCAUCUACAACUCUAAACUGCAGCGUCUUCUUGCAACAACAUCGUUGUCUUCUCCUCUGUAGUGCCAGCGUUUUCUCCUCUGCAACGACGCUGUCUUCUCCUCAGCAGUGCCAGUGUCUUCUCCUCUGCGACAACAGCGCCCCUUUCUCCUUCUAAUCGUUCGCCUCAAUCUCCAUGGCCUAUUCCAACCAAACCUCCGACGAUUCAUCUGUCACAAGCCCUCAUGUUUCUUCCCAUAUAUCAAGCAGUUCACAAACACCUGCCGAUUCCUCCUUUGCCCUUAACAUCGGUCACAAACUCGAUGACCACAAUUAUCUUCAAUGGUCCCUGAUCCUGUUUGAAAGAAGCGAGAUGACGCGCUGGUGACGACGGUGAUUUAGCUACGGAUUGUAGCAAGAUCAUUGAUCAUCGAGGAGAGGUUUCCAACGAUCCUGGGUAUAAUCAGACGAUCCGACAAAGCGUUAGUGACCAAAGCCCGGGAUGGGGAUCCUUAGCAAGGCCAUUCGAUGCUCAAGUUAGUACGGCUCUGGAAGAAGAUGACAGUAGUGGAAAUGCUUGCGAAAUUAGGGUUUAUAAUGCGGAGUUCGCGUACCUUGCCAACGGAGAGGAUCCCUCCUUUUAUAUCAUCUCACAUAGCCUCCAUGAUCGUGAGGUGGUCCCCGGGUUGUUAGAGUUUGUUCAGUGAUGGAAAAAGUAUAGCCUGUAUCAUGUGUUAUAAUUCUCCUAGGAAUCUUUUACUUAUCCAUGAUGUACCUCUUUUGUCGUAUACAUUUUCCGCCAUUAUUGAAGGGAUUGAGAAACCUUGCUGUUGUAACUAUCUGUUUCAUAAGGAACCAUGUAACCUUCGAGGAAGGUUUUGAAGAAUAUUCCUUGACAAAUUUUGAAGAGCUGUCACCAUGCUGUCAGAGGUUGUCUGCUAGAUGUAUCUCGAUCGGUUAAUGAAGCUUGGCCAGUUUUAUGUUCAUUCCAGCUUUAAUUUGCUAUGCUAUGUAUAAAUACUACCUGCAAUUUGCUUAACCAGUAAUAUAAUGCAUAGAAUGUGCCAAAAAUACACUCGGGAUACUAAUAACUUAUUCUGGUUUUGAUAAUGGAAUAUGUCUGUGAGGGUCCCAUAAGAUUCUAUAAGGUUAAGUGUUGUUAUGCCGGGUCGGGCUUUGCCUAGCUGGGCAUACACUAAGAACCCUAUACUCGUCCGGCCUUUAUCCGGCCAGUUAUACAUUAUAAGUUCUAUAAGGCUAAGUGUUUUUAUGCCCGACCGAGAUUUGCUUAGCUGGGCAUACACUAAGAACCUUAUACUCGUCCGACUUUUUUUCGGCCGGUCAUAUACUAUGAGUUCUAUAAGACUAAGUGUUCUUAUGCCCAACCGGGAUUUUCCUGGUUGGGCAUACACUAAGAAUCUUAUACUCGUCUGGCCCUUUUAUGGCCGAUCAUAUACUAUGAGUUCUAUAAUGCUAAGUGUUCUUAUGCCCGGCCUGGAUUUGCUUGGCUGGGCGUACACUAAGAACCUUAUACUCGUCCGGCCUUUGUCCGACCGAUUAUAUACUAUGAGUUCUAUAAGGCUAAGUGUUCUUAUGCCCGAUCGGGAUUUGCUAGCUGGGUGUACACUAAGAACCUUAUACUCGUUCGGUCUUUGUACAGCCGGUUAUACAUUACAAGCUCUACAAAAUUGUUAUCCUACAUACCAUUUCCUACAUAUCCAUACAGACAACUUAAGUGGCAAAUAAAUCUGCGUACGCGUCAUCGCUCGUCGUGCUUGCUCUCUCUCUCGCCGCGAACCGACUCGGGUCUGGCAACGACUAGAUUCGGACGCGAUCGUGGCCCUGUGCGAUCGCGGGCCCGUGCGAUCGCGAUCGGAAUCCCGCACAAUCUCUUCCGUAUUCUGGCGCGAUCACAGUUGGAAUGCCACGUGAUCGCAUCCGAAUUCUGGCCGCGAUCUGUCUGCAUUUCGACACGAUCGCAGCCAUUGUGUUCGGCUGUGAUCGCAGUGAUCGAGCUGGAUCGCGGCCGAAAUCCCUCUCCCCUAAGGGUUCACUUUUCCCCCCAGGCUAUAGUGUUAGUUGGGUCCAAGUGGUCGGAGGCCGUCGGCGGUGGGCAGGCGGUGGGCGGCCGGCGGCCGACGGGCGAGGUGGAGGCACGAUGAACGACGAGAAAAAAAAAAACAAAAAAUGCUAUAUUUAAAAAAUAAAAAAAAUGGCAUGGCAGUAGUUCGUAUGGUUCUGUAGGAAAAGGUCCAUAGUAUAACAAUUCUCAUAAGUUCUAUAAGGCUAAGUGUUCUUGUUCCCGGUCGGGAUUUGCUUCACUGGGCAUACACUAAGAACCUUAUACUUGUCUAGCCUUUUUCCACCCGGUUAUAUAUUAUAAGCUCUAUAAGGCUAAGUGUUCUUAUGCUCGGUCGAGAUUUGCCUGGCUAGGCAUACACUAAGAGUUUUAUACUCGUCCGAGCUUUGUCUGACCGGUUAUAUACUAUGAGCUCUAUAUAAAGUUAAGUGCUCUUAGGCUCGGCCCGGUUUUGCCUGGUGGGGUGAGCAUGAAGAGCCCUUGGCUAGGUUGGCCUUCGUUCGGCCAAUUACAUGUUGAGAGCUUUACAUAGGGUUAAGUGUUCCUAAACUCGGUCGGACUUCGUCCGAUCGAGUGUACACAGAGAGCCCUUCAUUCGGUCGACCUUUUGACCUGCUCGGGUAUAUAUUGAGGGCCUUUAUUUGAACAACCUUUAAGUUUUUAUUUUGUCACUAUCCCGCACAGCUUAUCACUUGGCCGGGCUAGACCUAAUACCUUUAAUUGCCAGGUGAGCUUUAAUUUUGACUACCACAUCAUCUUGACCUUAAUGAUCACUUCAUCUCCUUGGUCUAAUAAUUACAACCCGUAUCAGUCCCAGUCCAUAAUAAUGUUUGUGAUCGGUCGUGGUUGCGAUGACUAUCUCACGGGGGGUAGCCAUCGAACCUGUUGCUAAAUAUCAUAAAUUAGAAAAACAAAAAAUAAUAUUGGCAUGUCAUGGCACAUUUGUUCCAUGAUCACCGAAAUAGGAGAAAACUUUUUCCUCUAUCCAUCAGCGAAAGAAAUUUGGGAUGUUGCUCCGAAAACAUUUUCAACCAGCGAUAACACCAGAGUUAUUCCACAUCGAAAGCACUCUUCAAGACCUACACCAAGCUAAUCAAUUAGUCACUACCUUCUUCUCCACAUUGACAGCGCUUUGGCAAAAAUUGGAUCAUUUUGAAUCUCAUGAGUGGAAGAGUACCGACGAUGCUGUAUACUUCAAGAAGAUUAUUGAGACUAAACGGGUAUUCAAAUAUCUUAUGGGACUAGACAAGUCUCUUGAUGAGGUGCGUGGCCGAAUUCUCAACAAGAAACCUCUCUCCCUAAUUUUCGAGAGAUAUUUUCUGAAGUUCAUCGUGAAGAAAGAUGGAAAAGGAUCAUUAUGGGAACUCCAACCAAGACACUUUGGUUUGAGUCUUCUGCCUUAGCCACUGCCACAGAAGAAUUCACAUCUCUUGCUGCUCGAAAACAACCUCAAAAUCUAGCUCCACGAAGAGGACGCCCACGAUGUGAACAUUGCGAGAAACUUGGCCACUAUAAGGAGACUUGCUGGGAUUUGCACGGCAAGCUAGCAAAUUGGAAGCCUACGCGAAAGUAUGACCAUUGAGGUAAUACUAUUACUGUUGAUGUGCCAAAACCAUCUCCCUUCACCAAGGAACAAAUGGAUGCUUUCUGGCAAAUCUUCAAGUCUCAAGUCACUCCAAUACAGUCCAAGUCACUACAGCAACCACUAAAGGUUCUCAAGGCAUUGGAUUCGGGGAAGAUGAUUGGCAGUGCUAAAUUCUGUUCCGGAUUAUAUCUCUUCAAAGCAAGCAAUCCUCUCAUUGGUAAACAACUCAGCUCUCGGUCUCAGUCAGUCAAGUAUCUUAAGACUUGUUUUCAUUCCAAUAAAGAUAGUGACAUUAUGUUAUGGCACUAUCGAUUAGGCCAUCCAAAUUUUAUGUACCUAAAGCAUCUGUUCCCAUCACUAUUCAUUAGUAAAAAACCAAAUUCAUUUUA